CAUUCCCCAACAUGCCAUGCGCUGUUCUGACCGUUUUAGCGCCGAAUCCAACCAGGGCUGCAGUGUGAAAUGGAGACGAGGGAAGAGUGCGCGGGAGGCUUCAAAAAGGAGACCGUGAACAAACUGCUCCAGCUCCACUUCAAAGAUGACAAAACACGAGCCAGUGGUGAUGCUGUGUUGCUGGUGGCCGAAAUGCUCAAAGUAUUUGUUCGAGAAGCAGCAGCACGAGGAGCGCGGCAAGCACAGACUGAGGAUCUAACUAGGGUGGAAGUGGAACACAUAGAAAAAAUCCUGCCACAGCUGCUUCUGGAUUUCUAGAAACCUGAUGAGUGAAAAAUCUGCAUUCCUGUUACUAAGAAAUUCUUGGCCUGAACUCAGUAGCAAAAUGAGCCAUAGACUUGUAAGAUGGAAUUUCUUACAAAAUGACCUGACUUCCUGGAAUGACAACUUCAAUAACUUACCUUCCAUCUCAGCUCUGUUUGCCAUCUCUUUUGGGGUGCCUUAUAAUUGUCAGUGUCACCUAAAAUAACUGUGGGUUUGUUGAGGGGGUUUGGUAUCACAAUUCCCAGAGCAGAUGGUGACUAUCUGAAGCUGUGCCCUGCCCUUCUGCUUCCCAUUCAUAGCUGGGCAGCAUCUUUACUUUUCUACUGAGAGAAACAGGUGCCGUCCUCUAGGUAUGUGUGGAAAGGGUAUGCUUGGAAGGCUUGGCUACACCAUGGGCUCUCAUCACCUCCAGGCCUAACUGCUGUCUUAAGCUCUUAAACAGGAGCCUAGCCCCAAAUCUGUGCCAACAGCAGGUACCUGAUCUUUAUUUUAUGAAUAAACAGUGCCUGUCCUUCAAUCCUUUCCCACAUUCCACAGGGCCAUGACAUCAAAGAGUGCAUGGAACCUUUUAACCAUUUGAUAUUCCUCUAAGAAGCUGCUUCCCUCUGCUAUAAAUUUGUUCUUACAAAGAAACUUCAAUAAAUCAAAAUAACCUCCCUCCCUUGUGUGGGCUCCUUGUUGCAAUAAAUCAUAGAAAGUCAAGUAUCUUCAAAGAGUUGUUUGGCCUCCCCACCCCGCCUCUUCUUUGUAGGACGAAAGAAAAACUUUCAGAAAGGGGCAGAAUAACAAACAGCAUGUGUGAGGAUCCCACAUCAUGCAAGACCCAACCCCUCUGUCAGCAGGGGAAGGGGGAAGCUGUGAAAUAGUAAACCUUACACAUGGAGGCAGGGCGUAGCCUAAUGAAUCUGGUUCUGUUGUGAAAUAAAGAUCAGGCCUAAAAGAAGAGUAAUUGUAUCUUAAGGAACUGCUGGCAAAACACUAUGGUUGUAUACUCAGAAGCAAGCACCACUGAGUUUGGUAGCACAUAACUGAGUAGACUGUGCUUUUGUAGACGUUGGAGUACAACUAUCAUCACCUCUGAUCAUCAGCCAUGCUGAAGCUGAUGGGAAUUGUAAUCCAGCAAUGUCUGGGGGUAGCAGGCCCACCAUUGCAGGUGUAUAUAAUUGGCAAUACUCAUUUGAAAUGAUGAGUCUGUUGCCAUGUCAGCUUUAAAGUAGGAAUGACAGUAACCAAGUUGGUCAAUGGGAGGAGUUCUCCAGUGUGUUUCUUUCUACGUAUUAGUACUGUACAAGAAAUUACUGUUGCUUUGCAUUGUUUCUGGCAUGCCUAAUGCUGGUUACUCCUAAGACAAAGAACACACAUUGGAUGGGAUGCUGUAAUCCAAAAAUAUCUUAAGCAGCAGUUGUCAAUGAAAAAACACAAUUACAAGUGUAAAUUAUCUCUUCCCCUCUUGUCAGAUGUAACCACAGUAAGAUUAGCACUAAAGCCUACCUUGAUUCUCAUCCUAAAGAGUUUAAAAACUGCAACUAAGCUCAAAAAAUACUUUGUGGAUUUGACAUACUGUUAGUGUAGCCUCAUGCAUAUUAGUGCUAAGCCAUGUUGAAAUGGACAAAGGAAAAAAAUCAUGCCCCAGUUUACCUAUCAACUGUAAACCAGAAUUUAGAAGCACAGUAAAUUGCAGCAUGCUGCAUUGUAUCAUUUAACUGAACCUUUCCAUAACUGGGAAUCCUCCAGGUUCCAACUCCGGGAAUUCUCAGCAAUGGCCAUGCUGAACGAUGUUACAAGUUGAAAUCUACACAUUUGGAGAUCCCAGUUUGGGAAAGCUGGUCUGAUUCUGUUCUCCUAAGAGCAUGUGGUCUAGGCAGUAGUAUUUCACACUAUUCCCAUUUCCUUUAACUAAUAUUCCAGGCUUUUGCAUAUACAGACAGACUCAGUGAGCUGUGAUUCUUUCCCUUUAAUUUACAGCGAGCCAGUACUGGUUCUGUACAAUUUUUUAAUUAAAACUCUUGCAACUUUGUGUUGGAAGAAAAUAAAAUUAAAAGGCAAUUUCUGUACUCUGAUGCAAUGUCAACAGCACUGUCAUAUAUGCUGCCAUUUAAUUCUGCAUAUUUAAGAUAUGCUCAAGUUAAUGAACAUGAAAGUCUUAAAUAUGCUAUUUAUUAAUAUGUUUAUUAUCUGUUAAGGGGUAGGUGAUCAACCAGCCUAAAUUUAGCCAGUGAGUUUUGAGUGAAUGAGGAUUUGAAUCUUGAUUUCUCCAUCUCAAGCCACAUCCUGUACUAGAACUGUUUUUCACACUCACUUUAUAUAUACACAGAUAAUCAAGUUUGGAAGUAUAAUUGCAAUCAAAAAUAAUUAAGAGUUUGAAGAGCUGAUGAUAGGCCCUAGCUACUAUUAGCCUAUAAACCUAUUUUAGCUGAAAAAGAUAUUUGUCUAACAACCUCAGCAGUGAUUAUUCAGAACGAAAUCUUUAUGCAUGUGUUGAAACUAAUUGCUCAAAGCGCUUCCUUCAUUUUCUUUUGGUUUGAUUUUUGUACUCCCUGGAGAGCAAAUGGCCAACACAGUUGCUUCAUAUACAGCUUGACUUGAAUCCAGUCUAAGACACUGCCACAGAGGCAGGAAGUUUUGUACCCAAAGCAAAGGUAAACAAGAAACAUACAUGCAUACAAUGUUUGUAUUAAAGUCAUUAUUAUAAUUCUAGCACGCAGCCGUUUAAUAAGGUGUCCGUGUCUGGAUUUUUCCAAGAUGAACCCCAAUUCUAGUCCAGGCAUGAUGUUGAAAAAGAACAGAUCAAACAAAUGUGAUCUUUUGGGUUAUUCCCUAAAGAUGUUCCCUGAACAUGCUGUAAGGAAUUGGUACUGUUGUUUCAUUUGGAUCAAGCCCGCUCACUAAAUUCUGGUACAUUUAAUUUCAAUUUUUUUUAAAAAAAACUGACUUUUGUAGCGGUACAACUGAAUCUGUAGGGGGUAAGGCUGAAGGUCUCAAACCAGCUCUCCCAGAACGUAUCCAGUCCUACACUCCCUAGCUCUGCCUCCUGCCUUGAUGUAGUGCAUUGAUAGUUUUUGCUGCCUUUCUUUCAGGGGGGAUGCCUUACCCUUUUCUCCACAACACAGCCUGUGUGCCUUAUUGAUGAAUAAAGAGGAGGAAAAAAUGACAAAAAGGAAAUAGAAACUCUAUAGCUACCUCCUGGCUGAGAAACACUGAGGCAUAUCACUUGAACUGGCCCCUUUUAUCCAUGGAGAGAUGAACCAAUCUCACAAAAGUUAAUC